UAGUCGCUGCAGCCGCAGCCGCCGCCGCCACAUUCAACAGGCAGCAGCGCGGCGGUCGCGCCGCCGGAGAGAGCUAGCGGCCCGUGGCGUCUGUCCGUCCUUCCGUUCGUGGGACCUGUCAGCAGGAGCGCGGCGCCGGUGCUGCCCGGCCUGGCGACUCUGGCCUGCUGUCCCGUCCGUGAAGCGGACCCGAAGGAGCCUCGAUUUUGAUGGACCCGCGAAGUUAAGUUCUGGGCUCGCGCUUCCACUCUGCUGCGCCUUCCUCCCGGUUUCCGUCCGCUCGCGGCACCGACCUCGCCCCCCCAAAUCUUGGACCGGCUCUUCGCGCCCCCUCCCCUUGGCCCCCGGGGCUGCGCUCUACCCCUUCUUGGCUCUCCCGCGGCUGGGGGAGGGGCGGGGGUCACCAUGGCCGAAGCGCCCCAGGUGGUGGAGAUCGACCCGGACUUCGAGCCGCUGCCUCGGCCGCGCUCGUGCACCUGGCCGCUGCCCAGGCCGGAGUUUAGCCAGUCCAACUCGGCCACAUCCAGCCCGGCGCCGUCGGGCGGCGUGGCCGCGAACCCCGACGCCGCCGCGGGCCUGCCGUCGGCCUCGGCCGCCGCUCCCCCGCCACCCGGGCCGCUGUCGCAGCACCCACCAGUGCCCCCCGCCGCCGCCGGGUCGCUCGCGGGGCAGGCGCGCAAGAGCAGCUCGUCCCGCCGCAAUGCGUGGGGCAACCUGUCGUAUGCCGACCUCAUCACCAAGGCCAUCGAGAGUUCGGCCGAGAAGCGGCUCACGCUGUCGCAGAUUUACGAGUGGAUGGUCAAGAGCGUGCCCUAUUUCAAGGAUAAGGGCGACAGCAACAGCUCGGCGGGCUGGAAGAAUUCAAUUCGUCAUAAUCUGUCCCUACACAGCAAGUUCAUUCGCGUGCAGAAUGAAGGAACUGGAAAAAGUUCUUGGUGGAUGCUCAAUCCAGAGGGAGGCAAGAGUGGGAAAUCCCCCAGGAGGAGAGCUGCAUCCAUGGACAACAACAGUAAAUUUGCUAAGAGCCGAGGCCGGGCUGCCAAGAAGAAAGCAGCCCUCCAGUCUGGCCAGGAGGGUGCCGGGGACAGCCCCGGAUCUCAGUUUUCUAAAUGGCCUGCAAGCCCUGGCUCUCACAGCAAUGAUGACUUUGAUAACUGGAGUACAUUUCGUCCUCGAACUAGCUCAAAUGCUAGUACUAUUAGUGGGAGACUUUCUCCCAUUAUGACCGAACAGGACGAUCUUGGAGAUGGGGAUGUGCAUUCUAUGGUGUACCCACCCUCUGCCACGAAGAUGGCUUCUACUCUACCCAGUUUGUCUGAGAUAAGCAAUCCUGAAAACAUGGAAAACCUUUUGGAUAAUCUCAAUCUUCUCUCAUCACCAACGUCAUUAACUGUUUCAACCCAGUCUUCACCUGGUACCAUGAUGCAGCAGACGCCAUGCUACUCCUUUGCACCGCCAAACACCAGUCUGAAUUCACCCAGCCCAAACUACCAAAAAUAUACAUACGGCCAAUCCAGCAUGAGCCCUUUGCCCCAGAUGCCUAUGCAAACGCUUCAGGACAACAAAUCGAGUUAUGGAGGUAUGAAUCAGUAUAACUGUGCACCAGGACUCUUGAAGGAGUUACUUACUUCUGACUCUCCUCCCCAUAAUGACAUCAUGACACAGGUUGAUCCUGGGGUGGCCCAACCCAACAGCCGGGUCCUUGGCCAGAAUGUGUUGAUGGGCCCUAAUUCGGUCAUGCCAGGCUAUGGCAACCAGGCAUCUCAUAACAAAAUGAUGAAUCCUAGCUCCCAUACCCACCCUGGACAUGCUCAGCCAACGUCUGCAGUUAAUGGGCGUGCCUUGCCCCACGCGGUAAACACGAUGCCCCACACCUCGGGUAUGAACCGCUUGGCCCCAGUGAAGACAGCUUUACAAGUGCCUCUGCCCCACCCCAUGCAGAUGAGCGCCCUGGGGGGCUACUCCUCGGUGAGCAGCUGCAACGGCUAUGGCAGGAUGGGCAUUCUCCACCAGGAGAAGCUCCCAAGUGACUUGGAUGGCAUGUUUAUCGAGCGCUUGGAUUGUGACAUGGAGUCCAUCAUUCGGAAUGACCUCAUGGAUGGAGAUACAUUGGAUUUUAACUUUGACAAUGUGUUGCCCAACCAAAGCUUCCCGCACAGUGUCAAGACGACAACACAUAGCUGGGUGUCAGGCUAAGAAUGAGUUAGUGAGCAGGCUACACUGAAAAGUACUUCAGAUUGUCUGACAGCAGGAACUGAGAGAAGCAGUCCAAAGAUGUCCUUCACCCCUCCUUUUCGUUUUCUUGAUUUAAAAAAAAAAAAAGCAUUUCUUUUUUCUUUUCGUCAAACUUGGCAGCGAAGACACUUUUCCUGUACAGGAUGUUUGCCCGAUGUUUGCAGGUUAUGUGCUGCUGUAGAUAAGGACUGUGCCAUUGGAAAUUUCAUUACAAUGAAGUGCCAAACUCACUACACCAUAUAAUUGCAGAAAAGACUUUCGGAUCCUGGUGUGCUUUCAAGUUUUGUAUAUAAGCAGUAGCUACAGAAUUGUAUUUGUGUGUGUUUUUGUUUUUUUAAAUAUCCAUUUGGUCCAAGGAAAGUUUAUACUCUUUUUGUAAUACUGUGAUGGUCUCAUGUCCUUGAUAAGUUAAACUUUUGUUUGUACUACCUGUGUUCUGCUGAACUGACAAAUCAAUCACGAAGAACCAAGCUCUCCAUUCUGCACCUCCUCUGAACAGUUUUGGACCUGUUCACAUUGCCACAUAAUGAGAACCAAUAGCCUGUUAUCAAUCUGCUGAAUUAAUGGACUUGUCACUCUUUUGG